AUGAAUGGGAUCACGCCACACACGAGGUCCGACCUCAAAAGACCAAUGAGAGGUGCACUGUCUGACUGUUUGACUAUUAUAGAUUUGGAUUCACAACCCAUUUUCAGGGCAUCCAUCUCCAGAUCCCUUCAACUCCAUAUCCCUCGCCAGAGCCUUCCAGAUCGGAGCCCAGCUUGGCCGCCAGCCUUCGGCUCAAAAGCUCCGCUCACCGCCCGUCGCGCUCCUGUCGCGCUCUGCUCCCGGUCGUCUCUCGUCAUGGCGCCCACAGAGAUCUCCACCAUCGCAGAGAACGAGUUCGGCAGCGCCUUCGAGGUGCAGAUCAAGAGUCCCAACAGCCAGCAGAAGACGGCGGCCCAGCUGCGCUUGGAGUCCUAUGCAAAGAUGGAGCGGUUGCCUCGCUUGAAAACCAUGGAAGGAGCUCCCAGGAGCGGCGAGCGCGCAGACAAGGCCCGGCAGCAGAAUGAGCAGAAGAGGGAGGCAGCCGAGCGUGUGCGAAUGGGCUUGGCACGAAGCAAUGAUGCUAAACGGCAGGGAUUGGCAGAGCAACUGGAGAAGGCUCAUGGAUUGCGUCAAGGUGCCAUUCACAGCCGCAAGGAGCGUGCAGCACAGCACUAUGAGAAGGUGAUGAAGGCCAAGGGUGGCUUCCACUCAACGAAGAUCGGGGAGGUUGAGGCGAAGCGCCAGAACUUGGAGGAACAGCUGGAAAAAGCCCAUGGCUUGCGUGAAGGUGCCAUUCACAGCCGCAAGGAGCGCGCUGCUCGGCACUGCGAGAAGGUGAUGAAGAAGAAGGAUGACGCACAGCAGAUGUUGGCGAUGAGCGCUGCCGAGGCCAAGCAACGCCUUGAGGAGGCACUGCUGCAGAAGGAGGCGCUCCGUGACCAGAGCCUGGCGGAGAUCAUGACGAAGGCCACCAAGCACAACGAGAAGGUGGCACAGAAGGUGCAGGAGCAGCAGAUUGCCAUGGAAAGCAAGCGCCAAAGUUCCAAGACUCUGCCCCCUUCAGAGCGUUUGUUGGACCUCAGCAUGCCGUGGCAAAUGACCAUCCUCCGCUUUCGCUUAUGGAGGAGAAAGGAUUCCUAUACCGCGCAGUGGAUCUUGGUGAGUUUGUACUUCUUGCUCGCGCUGCUGGCGGUGAGAUAUUCGAGCUGGCUUUUGAAGGCCUCGCGGCUGGACCAAUGGCUUGAUUGGUUGAUCCCCAGUCUCAAGGUCAAGGAUGCCUUGCCGGAUUCACUUCCACCCUGGUUGGAGUUAGAAGAGCUGCUGAUGAACGUGGGAGGCACAGUGGAAGAGCUGGUGAAGCCUGGACCUCUCUUCGUGGAUGACCGCGUGAGCACCUUCUCGGUGUGCAGCCCCGACAGCAGCGUCAGCGUGCUUGAGGCCACUGAUCACGCUCUCCUCCCCGACUCGCAGGACGCCACCUUGGCCCUGCCAACGCUCGUUCCCACGUCCCCGACCAACGCGGACUCCGCGGCGCAUCCCGCGGCGCGGGAUGCGCCGCCGACGGGGCCGCGCUUCGCCUUCGGCGUGGCGCGGUACAUCGCCUCGCUGCACGUGGUUUUGGGUCACCUGAAUGCCCGCGGACUGGCACCUUCCUCCGUGUAUCUCUGCUGCUGGGGCUACACCUGGGUGCCGUGGUUCUUCAUGCUGAGCGGCUUCAUCUUAUGCGCUGCGGAGAUGAACAAGCCGCGCCAGGAGGGGCCUGUGGAAUAUGUGGCCAGAAGACUGGUCACCAUAUAUCCUGUCUAUGCCUUUGGCCUCCUCCUCUCCGCCUGUUUAACCUCAGCAGGGCCUCCCUGCUGGGUUUUGGUACUGCAGGCCUGGCUUUUGCAGGCCUGGGUUCCGACCAUCACAGAGUGGGGCCUUCAGAUGCAGUGCUGGUUCUUGUCCUGCUUGGUCGUCUACUGGGCCAUGUUUCCCUUCCUUUUUGGGAUGGUCCAUCGAAUGACCAUGCCACAGGCGAUACUUGGAAUGGUGCUUGCCGUUUGCGUACCAAUCCUCUACUUGCUCAUCCCGGAUUUGUUCUAUGGAAACGCUUCCUGGUAUGAGUAUCAUAGUUGGGGCCUCAUGAGGAACUUUGAGGACUCCUUGGUGGUGAUGUUGAAGUUCCAUCCCAUGUGCUAUGUUCACGUCUUCCUCUUGGGCAUGCUGCUGGCUCGAUUUCGAAUCCUCCUGCAUGACAUUGCCGGCUUCAAGGAGCUGCCAGUGAUCAUGGACUUUCUGGCGCCCGUGGGUUACCUGGGGCUCCUCUUAGUCUUCAAUGUGCCAAUGGCUGCACCGCCCUAUGCGAAGCUUUCAGCGCGGAUCUUCGCGCUGCUGCCACUGCAGGCGGCAGUGGUGUUGGGCUUGGCGGGUGUGGAAGGCCUUCGGGAGCCCUUCUUGGCCAGGUUCUUCGCGCGACUGAACUUCUUGGAGACUUAUUCCUAUUGCGUCUACGUGAUGCAGUUCAUUUGCAUGAAGCUUUGGUUUGGCCAGGAGUAUGAUCUGUCCUUCUUCAUUUUCCUCAUUGCGAGUGCCACCUUUGUUCAAGUCUUUGUGCAAAAGCCUUCGGACAAGCUUUGGAGGCUCUCGCCCGGUCAGGCCUCUUGGCUGGUCCCUGCGGUGAUGUCGCUGCUGCUGAUCCUCCUCUCGUUGCGGUGGACGGGGGUUCCGGACCAUGUGCUACCGGAUAAAGUGGAGGGAGAUGGCUACAUGGAUAUCCGUUUGCCUUUGCGAUUGGAAGCACAGGACUGGUCGGCCACGGGCGGUGGAGCUUUCAUCAAUCCUUCGCUGACCUUGUUGGAGGAUGGGCGCCUCGUGGUGGCCGCGCGCCUCCACAGGCGGUCUUCUCACCUGAGCCAUUUUCAUGGUGGCUCCUUGCUGGAGGAGAUUUGGAUCUCGAAGAUCCUCCUCGGCAGCGUCGCCAUGAACAACAAGAGUUGGAAGUUGCUCAACCGUUCCGGGGAGAUGCCAGAGAUCUUGCUGAAACUUUGGGACGGUCUGCAAAUGGCGGAUGGCAAGCCAUGGAUCUAUCCCAACAUGUGCUACAGAGAGAAAUGGCUCCCACAGAAUCGGACCAUGAUGAGGUUCGUUGUGACAGGGCCAGAGGAUCCCAAGGUCUUCCCCUUGACGCGAAAGGGCUCUUGUGCUGAGUCCAUGGCAGGGUGUUGGGUGCUGCGAGCUUCCUCAGACUUCUGCCAUGUGAACCAGAGCUUCUGCGAAGCCAAGUGCAACUCUCGCUGGUGCUCUCCACAUGAGGUGCAGGUGGCUUUCAACUCUUAUACUCCCAAGGAGGGCAAGAGCUGCGACCAUCGCUCCGUGAGCCAAAUGUUCCUGGCGUCAGGCAUCGAUGUGGAACGUCCGGAGCUCGUCAGUCAGGGCCAGCACUUGAAAUGUGGACAAUUGGACCAUAGCGAAAAGAACUGGAUCCCCUUUGAGCGUGAGGGUCAGACCUACGUGGUCUAUAGCAUGAUCCCUCAUCUCGUCCGAGAGCUCAAGGGCACCGGCAGCUGCGGGCAGCAAUGGCGCAGCAUCUUCCCAAAGCUGGAGGAGAUGCAGUCGCAUUUGCUGGACGCUGCCAUUCGGGGCUCUGCCUCAGCGAUCUACCUGGACGCGCCCAAUGCGACAGCACGACUCCCUGAGCCUCACUACCUGGCGCUCUUCCAUGCAGCGGAUCUCAAGGUGCGCCGCUACGUGCAUUACGCCUACCGCUUUGCGCCCAAGCCGCCCUUUCAGAUCCUGCAGGUCUCAAAGCCUCUACCCUUGCAGAUGCUUCCACCGAUGCCCGGGGCGCCGCCCUUCGCGUUUGCCUCGGGCAUCUUGCUGCGUGAGGAGCAGGUGAUUCUCACCUACGCAGCUGGGGAUCGGGAAUCAAGAGCCCUCUUGAUGUCCUUGAAGCAGUUGGACAAAUACUUCGAGUAG